AGUCAGCCUUCCCUUAAUAGCUCCACGUAGGACACAAUUUGACGUGGAGGAGAGAGAGAGUCAAGAAAAGCCCAAGUCUUCCCUUGCGUAAGAGAUCUUCUCUUCUUAAGAACGAGAAGGCACAUCUCAGCGUUGUACGAGUUGCUUUCCCUUAUCCCCGAUUUUUCCAAAUCUUCUGCUCCGAACGCUGUUUCUCGUCAUGUGGCGCGAAAAUAUUUUCUAUGCGCGCCAAAUUCUUCUUCUCCCCGCGCUGAAUCCUCUCUCAAUAGUAUUUAUUCACAUCAAAAUCAGAGGAAGAGGAGGCACACAAACCUACCGCCGCCAGAGCUGAUCCAUCCCAGCCACCACUAGCUACUCCGGCCAUGUCUCGUCGGCCGGCGCGGAACGAAUCGGAUUCGUCUCUGGUCAUGCGCGGUCGUGUUUCUUCAUCACCAAUUCCUGUGUAUGCUCCCCCACCGCCGGACUAUGCCGGAUCUAACAGCGCCGCUUCACAUGUUUGGUGGGACGGAGCAGCUGCUGGUAGCCCCAAUCGUUCUUCUCCAGCUGAUUGGGUAAAUGAUGUUCACCCAGCAGGAGGUUAUGUAAACCUUUUACAAACUCCUGCUAGUUUCUCUUUUCCACAUCAAAUUCCUAGCCGCCCAGACAUGCCACAUAACUACAAUUUUGUUGCGAGUUCUUCACAGCAUACUCCAUUACCAGUAACCCAGCCAUCUGCUACCAAAAAGAUCAAAAAGGGAGCAUCCAAUAAACGUACACAUUCUAGAAGUAUUAAUCUUGAAGAUGAUGAUGAUGGAGAAUCUAGCAAUAAAAAACGAAUGACAUGGACAACAAAGGAGGAUGAAAGAUUGAUGGGUGCUUGGCUGAGCAACUCAAAUGAUGCUAUAAGUGGAAACUACAAGAAGAAUGACCAGUAUUGGGAUGCUGUGACAGCUGAGUACAAUAGCAACACCUCCGACAGCACUCGAAAAAGGCAAACGAAGCAAUGCAUGAGCCGUUGGCAUAGAGUAAACAAAUUUGUAAAUGAUUUCCACGCUAUUUAUAUACAGUUAAGCCAAGUAUAUUCUAGUGGACAGAGUGAAUCUGAUUUGAUGGAUAAGGUCCAAAUAAAGUAUGAGAAGGAUCAUGGGCCGUUCCUGCAUAAGGCUACUUGGGAGGCAUGCAAAAAAUUUCCAAAGUGGCAUGCUUAUAAUGCACAAAUGCAUGGAUCAAAGAAACGGGAUGUGGCUGAUCUGGGAGAUGUGGGUGUUAAGUCAUCUCCUGAUGACAUUCCACGUCCUCCUAUGGGGGUAAAAAAGGCCAAGGCAGAAAGAGACGGCAAAUGCAAGAAUAAGCAGGUGUCAAAGGAUAUGGAAGAGCUCAAUAGGUAUAUUGAAGCUCAGGAAGAAGCUAACAAAAAUCGCACUGCGGUGCUAGAAGUACAGAAACGUAUUUCGCAUGAUAAGGUUGAGGCAUCACGGCUUGCCCUUGAGGCAGCAAAGGAGAACAAGGAGGCCAAGACAAAAUCAAAAAUGCUAGAGCAAUACACUAAGCUCCUCACACAUGACACUACCGGGAUGCCUGAUGAUAUGAAAGCUGAGCAUUUGAAGGCAAUUUCAUUGAUGCGGGAAACAUUGUGGGGGAAAACUCAUCAGAGUUGAAAGUGCUUGCUCUUGACUUCAAGGCCUGAUGAAACUUGGGUGCAGUAUCAAGUACUGAUGGUGUUGGACUACCUACCAGUUGUCUCCAGGAGUAUGAAGUGAUUUAGGCAUGGAAUUCGUAUCCAUGUUCGUGUCAGAGUUUAAAUUGAACGCAUAGAAAUAAUUCAUAUUUGUGUUAUCUUAGACUAGGUGUCGACUUUCUGCACGAAUACUUCUCUACAUUUGUCAAGUUUGAUGUGUUCAUCCAUAUGCAAUACGUGUACUGGCUGGAUCCAGUUUCUGUUCCCUUUCAUCGUAUUUAUACUUAACCUGUUUUGUUCCAAACUGGGAGUAUGUGCGUGUGUCUCAAGGAAAUCAAGAGAGUUUACUUUGUUUUGGAUCUAAAUUCUGAGAUUCACGAGUUGUAUUUGUCUUGGAACUUUGGGUACUCGUACUGUGUCGUGCAUGUUAAGGACUUCAAGUCCGAUUUGUCUACUGCAUGUAUGCUUGCUUUUCACGUCAACAAGGCUAUAUAUGUACGGAACCCAGCCCUGAAUAAAUCUUACACGCCAAACCAUACGAGCUUCUGUUUGCAAUCUAUACAGACAAUGUCUCAAUCCGGCGAUAGCUCCUCUGAUGAUUUUGAUGCAACCGAUGAGUUAGAUCCAGCUAUGGCUUACACACUACAAGAUUUCUUGGCAGAGCAAGAGUUUCUAGAUUCGAUUGGUAGGCAGAUUGCAGGGAAGUUGAAGGCCAAACUGGAGGAACAAAGUGCAGAGUCCUCUCGCCGUCGAAGUGGACCAAGAAGGCACAUACCAAGAGACCAUGCAGCAGCACACCAGAAACUUGUGGCUAAUUACUUUUGUGAGAAGCCUCUAUACACGCCGGAGAUGUUCCGCAGAAGGUUUCGCAUGAGCAAACCACUCUUUCUACGUAUCGUAGAUGCCCUCAGCAACUGGUCACCCUAUUUUACCGAUAGAGUCGAUGCCAUUAAUCGUGAGGGACUUUCGCCGCUCCAGAAGUGUACAGCGGCAAUGCGUAUGCUUGCCUAUGGGACAGCAGCUGACCAGCUUGAUGAGGUGCUAAUGCUUGGAGCCAGCACAUCGUUGGAUUGCUUGAGUGCAUUUGCGCAAGGGAUUAUUGAGGUCUUUGGCGAAGAAUAUUUGCGCCCCCCUACGCCUGAAGAAAUUCUUCGUCUUAUGGAAAUUGGCCAUGCUCGUGGCUUCCCUGGCAUGUUAGGAAGUAUUGAUUGUAUGCACUGGCAAUGGAAGAAUUGUCCAAUGGAAUGGAGGGGUCAGUUCACAGGUCAUCAUGGAGUUCCUACUAUGAUACUUGAAGCUGUUGCGUCAUAUGAUCUCCGCAUAUGGCAUGCUUAUUUUGGAGUUGCUGGAUCAAACAAUGACAUUAAUGUUUUAAAUCGGUCACCGUUGUUCAUCAGUACUUUGAAAGGAGAGGCGCCUAGGAUUCAAUACACUAUCAACGGGAGGCAAUAUGACACCGGUUAUUACCUUGCUGAUGGCAUAUAUCCAGAAUGGGCUACGUUUGUGAAGUCAAUACCGCUUCCUCAGAAUGACAAGAACAAAUUGUUUGCAAAGCUUCAAGAAGGGGCAAGAAAGGAUGUCGAGCGGGCUUUUGCUGCACUCCAAUCUCGUUUUAGCAUUGUCAAUCGUCCGGCCAAAUUUUGGAAACGUGCAGCCAUUGGAUCUAUAAUGCAAGCAUGUGUCAUACUUCAUAAUAUGAUAGUUGAGGAUGAACGGAAACCAUUUAACGUUCCCUUAGACCUGAAUCGCAACCCACAAAUAUCAUCUGUUCUACCUCCUGAAGUUAUGCAUGGUGCUCACCCUGUGUUCGAAGAUGUCUUGCGGAGAAGCGCCACAAUUCGUGAUCGAGAGACACAUAUUCAGCUAAAAUCAGAUUUAGUCGAGAAUAUCUGGGAUCGAUUUGGCGAGCAAUAAUAUUUGUUUUCAUUACUUUGAGUCAAUUUUAAUACACGAUUACUAUGUAUACCUUUUAUAUACUAUACAAUUCUCAUUUGUACCUUUUAUAUAAGAGUGAAGAUAUGAUUAAAUUCAUCUUUGCCAUGACUUGUUGAUCA